ACUCCCCACAGACUCUGCUGCUCUCAUUUCUCACUGCCACCCUCUGUGCUAUUGUCUCUUAUGCCUUCUCCCGAGUAAGCCCGUUUUUAUUUCUUCAUUUCACUCAUCUUUUUAAAUUCCAGAAUCCAUUUCUUUUGUCCCCAGGCACAACGGGUGAAGGGUAGAGACCGUGUAGCAAAUUAAAUUUGGUCUCCCUCUUACGCUCCCCUUGGACGUGGGCAUGAUGGAACAGUCGAAGGAGAACAGGAGCAAAGAAAUCUGGAGGAAAAAGCCCAUUUCCCAUGCAUUACUGUCUCUUUCCUCGGGGUCUAUAGUGGAGUAACACCACAACACCUCUAUUGCCUUUUUUUCCCUGUCUUUAAUUUUCUUUUUCUUGCUCCCCUCCCCGUCUCGCUCUCGCUGCUGCUGCUGUUCCUUCUCACGCAGCCUAGCCUGAAGGUCUCUCUGCUCUUGCUACUACCGCUAACACAACCUGACCCAGUUUAUUAGUUUGGGUCUAGUGAAUCAUUAAUCGAGGUUAUCUAACUGUUCCUGUAAUGAUUCCGCUGUGACUUGUGUGUGUCAGAGCCUCUCUGCGUACAGAACCGAUCAAGCCUUGUGCUUCUUGUUCUACACAUGUGCGCUCUAUCAUAACCAUCUUGCAAAAAAAAAAAGCAUCGACCCUCAAGCUAGACUAUAUGUUUAAUAGGUGUGCCAUGCACUGUAAUAUGUCAUUGUGUCAGAGCACAAUACGAGGACUAAGUGCACUGAAUGCAAAUUAAUCUUGUGGGAUGGCAGCAGCUGAAUAGAGUGUGGUUUUGGGGAAAGGAGGGGAGCAAAGGGAGGGACAGAAGGAGGGCUAAUAGUGGCGACAGAGAGGAGAGGGAGAGAAAAGGGCAUGUGAGGAGGAGGAGGAGGGCUGUGGGAUGUAGUCAUCGCCAGGCCCAUUCAUCAUGCAAUGCCUGCUGGGAUGCACCGGGGUCAGUCCCGCACAACACAAUUACAGCCUGUUCUGGUGUGUUGUGCUCGCCACCACUGUGUUCCGACUAUGUUCCGUUGUCUUUUGUUAGAUUCCCUCUGUUCUACCGCUCUUGUUUUCCUCUCUGCUCUGUGGUGUGCGCUCGUGUUCAGUGGCAGAUCUCUUCUUUUUGAACUCGCUGCUUGAGCAGUCACUAAAUGAUCUGCGGCAGGUUCUUUGAGCAAAACAUUUCAAUUAGCUGAGCAUUUGUUGUGUUUUUCUUCGCAUCUUUGAGUCUUUUAAUCUCUCUCUUUUGUCUUUCGCAAUUACUCGCCACAAUUCUUAUCUUUUUUUUUUUUUGCUCGUGUGGCGUGUAGCCUCUUGCCGGGCUGCCGUAUGACAUCCGUUGCGCAGCCGACGCCUUUCAUCCACAUCUGAAUCGCAGCCGCGAGCUUGGAUCUUGUGAUUGACGGGCCUGGUUAGCAUGGGGGCGUGAGAUUUUAGUGAGCAUGUUGUUUACCCUGCCCGCCUGACAGUCCUCUAUGGUUCUACAGAUGUUUCCAGAAAGCUGUAAAUAUCCGCGGUGUGCUGAAAUGUCAGUUGACAGCGUAUCCGAUGAUAAGGAUGUCUGUCUUUCUGUGCCUGGCUAUUCUUCACGCCAGGAAACCUUUGAGGUGGUCUGAAGGUCUAAAUGAAAACAUCAUGCAAGGAUCCAGCUACAUCAGCUAUUGAAGAUGAUCCAGAUAUGCGUGUUCACAUCAUAGCACAUGGCAGGACUUCAUGUCAUGGUGGUGGCAUCUGUUCCUGUCACUCUGCUGAGAAACAAUACAUGAGAGACGGCAUAGAUCGGCCCUUUAUCUCGAUGGAUGAUCUGAUUUCAUCUUGGAGCACCUUGCUGCAUAUAUUUAGAUUCAACUAUUCGGUGCUUUAAGGAACAAACUUUAUACUAAGUCAGCUGUUAGCUUAAAGACCCAGUGGGUAUUUUAUUUUGGAUAAUAUGCAUGAUAGAUAUAAUCACUGUUUACACAAUUAAAAAUAAAUUACUAUGUGGAUGAAAACAAGUAUUUGUAUGUUUCUCUAAAGAGUGGUAUUAUAUCUUAAAAAGAUAGAAUACCGUGGCUGCAACUAAUUAUUUUGAUUAUUAAUGAAUCUGAUCAUCAUUUUCUAAAUUAAUCAAUUAUUUGUUUGGUUGGUAAAAAAAUGUUGCCUAACCCAAAGUUCAUAUCUUCAACUAUUUCCAAUCACCAGUUCAAAACCUCCAAAUGUAUAAUUGACUUUCAUACGCGACACACAUCUCACAUUUAGGAAGCUGGAACUAUGAACUGUUUGGCAAUUCUGCUUGAAAAAUUACUUAAAUUAACUAUCAAAAUUGCUGUCGUUAUUAGUUGUUAGCAACUAAUUGAUUUCAAUUAAUACACAACAUGUAAUAUAGUAUACUUUAUGAUGUUAACAAUAUGAAUCGGAUCAGAUUGAGUGGCUGUCGAGUGUUUUGUGUGCGCCUUGUUACUUCAUGAGUUAUAGGCCCCAGCUCUGUGUUCAGAUGUUUAAUGAUGGGCUGCUAGUCUUUGGUUUACUUUUGGAUGACAAAUUCUGCCUUUAAUAAAUGACACCAUUAGUACAACUGGUUAUAUUUUGUAAUAUAUCAAGCUGAUUAUGGGGAAAUAUUAUGCAACUGAAGUUGCUUUUUGUUUAUUUAUUUUUUAUAUUAUUCUUUCUAAGCCACAUAUGUAAUUUUGAUGAUGAACCUGCCAAAAACAAAUCCUUGAAAUGACAAAUACUCAAGUGUUCUUCUACGGUUUUAGUCUUGGCAUAAACAAGCUGUUUAAUAAACAGCAUUUGGGCCGUGGGGAGCUGUGGGUUUUUCUCAUCUCCGAGCGAAACGAUUUCCAGUAGUUGCUGAAGUAUUUCUCGUAACGGAACAGAACGCACCCAAAGGGCCCAGAAGUUCACGCGCUCUCGAAGGAUGCAUUGGGUGGUGGCUUGGCUGACCAGAACGAAUAGGAAGCCCAAAGACUGACUGAAAGAAUGACAAAUCUGCAGAAUAUGCAACAGUUUUUAAAAGUAUGUAGCAUCUGGAACCAAUCUGAAACAAUGGAUUGUCUUAAGCAGGCUCCAUGUCGAAUCGUAUGGAUGCUUCUCCUUCCUGACUUCCUUGAGUUUCGGCCUCCUGAGACGAACUUGGGAAGGAGUUGGCUGACACGGAGAGAUCGACUUGGCAUUCUUUGAUUUGAUAUUCAUCUUAAAACUCUGCACUGAACCUCGCACGUACUCAAAAACUUUCGGUGGAAUGGCAGAAUGAGGGUAAAAUCAUAUCCUCCUUCCAGUCACGUCAGCUGUGAAGCCUGGGCUUCAUGAUAUUGGAUUCUUACUGAAUGAUACCACUUAAAUACAGUAUAAGGGAUAAAGUCAAUAACAAAUGUGUUAAUAUAAUUAAAUACAACAUGCACAAGUUAUUGGCACCAUUAAGGCCGACGGUAACUGCUCGGCUCUAAUCAACAGAUAAGCCAAGUGUCUUUAAUUUGAAGUGGCCUUUUUCUAUAACCUCUAAACAUGGCCGCUUUUGUAUAGUCUAGGACGAGUUCUAACAGCAUCUCUUGGCGACAGUCCGGGUUGCCAAGAACACCUGCUCAGCACCUCCCCGACCUGCAGACGCAGCGGCUCGUCUGUCGUCGAGUUGUCUUUUGUGUGCCCUAAUGAAGCCGGGGAGAUGUGACGACAUGCCUCGCGUUUCACUCUUCACCUAAUUGUGUUGAUGUGGAGGCUGAUAUUAGUGUGCCGGUGGUUAAUCUUCCCAGCGAGAGGAAAUGGCUGAGCCAUCAAGGGAUACGACGCAGCUAAUUAGACUUGUGUACGCUUCCAUGUGUGUGAGGGGAGAGGUGGGGGUGAAGUGAGACGGAGCAAGAAAAGAAAAUGGCUUGUUUCUCCUUUUUGUUAUGAAAGUUUUUAUUUAUUGAUUGAAUGGGCACUGAAAGUUACUUCAAAAUCCUGUCUUGCAUGCGUGUUAAAUCUUUUGAAUGUCAUGCCGCUUAAUGACAGCAUCCGCUUUCUGAUAAGGGACAACUGGGGGAAACCUUAACAUUCAUUACAGCCUGACAUUUUACCCACUCCACAGAACACCAUCAUGGAGAAUUAAAGUCAUCUGAAGUUGCACACAGAGCAAAUGGCCUACCGGUACAAUAAUGCUGUUUUUGGCUUCAGCCUCCCCCGAGAAACGCUGUUAGUAGUUCUGACUGAUUAGGGCCUGAAGCCACCGGCUCUCAAUAAAACAGAAGACAAAGCUUCAACUCUUGCUGCUGGAAAAUCAGGAGCAAUGAAUUAGCGAUAACUGUAUUAAAGGCGACACCAUUAGACGGUCUGUCGGGGAAGAGGCGGACCCCUUUUCCUUGCAAUUUGCAGAGUAGGUAAUUUGCAGUCGGAAGGAAUACAAGUGAAAUGCUGAAGAUUUCUUUUUCAUUUUCUCUCUGUUGCUCCUCUGCGUCGUUUGCUCUCUCCUUCUGGCUACCAGUGACGGUAGUACUCACCUUAUCUCCGCCGCACUGUCCCAAUGUGACCUAGAAGUCCUCUUGUGAGGAGCGGUCAACUGUUCUGCCGCUCAGCUCGAUAUGACCCCAUCGCUCUGGGUGGGAGGAUCCAAUAUAUUAAGAUUAUGUUGCGUGCUGUCACGCCCCACUUGGCUUGAGAAGUACUAGGCCAGCAAUCAUUUUUUUGCAAAGUCAUACUGUGAUUUAUUUAUUUAUUUAUUUUUUCCGCUCCAAAGAGUGCCUGAGGCCUUGUUUGAUUUUGUUUUGUAUUCCGACCUAUUGCCAAUGACAUCCACACCGCUCAUGCCCCAUAUUGACCAUUAGCACACACAGUGCCCUUAUCCGUCAGGCUGACAGUGACACUGUUUGCCACAUUACCCGUCGCCCAGUCCAUCUCUGUUAGUGGAGGGAGCUCAGCCCUGUCACCUGAGGGAUAAAGUGUAUGGUGGAAACUUGUGUCCUCUGAGGUAUGCGGGGCAGAUGCAGACCCUCCGUUGGUUCAGCUGUUGUGCCCGUGCCGACAGCGAGGCCACGGCUCGUCUCUGUUGUUGGAGGCGUUGCAGAGCUGGGCCAGAUAUUUAUGGUUUGCUUUGCUGUGAGGUUUUCCAUCCAUCCAUCCAUUCCAUCCAUUUUCCUCCUCUUAUCCGGGGUCGGGUCGCGGUGGCAUGCCUCUUUAAAUGAGAAUUUAGAGUCAUGGUGGUCCUUUUCGCAGGGGAGACUUUAGUUCCUGUGUGUUGCUUAGAACAUCUCAUUUCAAGCUCGAGGACUUGUAUCUGUGUCUCUUCCACAACAAAGACAACAACAUCUUCUUCCCAAACAGUACGCCUUUCACCUCUUUUAUGACAUAUUUUCUCAGACUCUGGUUGGUGGUUGUGGUUUUGAACAUGGUGGCUUCAGGUCAGCCCACUUGAACUGCUGGCAGCAGUGUGCCAGUUUAUUUCCAGUACUCAAAGCUCUCAAAACAACUGACUCGUUUUUUCUGACCAGAAACUAAUAAGCAAAAUAGUUUUUUUGUUUUUUUUGCCCACACGCAUUGUAAUAAAAAUCAUACUGUACUUAAACAAACUGUGCAACAAGUCCACUUUAUAAUAAAAAAACAGGAUCAAAUUGAGAAACUACAAAUUAUUGGCAAUUUUAAAUUUAUUUAUUAAACUGGUAUUUCAGGAACUUUUAAGGGCAGUUUUUCUCUGAUCCCAAAGAGAGGAAAGGUUAAACUUGUAGUCCCUUUACCUUUUCAUUACGGCAAAGCUAAUGAGUCGUGUUUCUAGCUGCUGUGCUUUGUCUCAGAGGUCACUUGCUCUCAUCGGGUGGUGUGGUACGAGAUGACGAGUGCUUCAGACAGAGCGACUGUCUCGGUGACCUCAGCGGGAUGUUCACAACCGCCUCUGAACUAUCCCUCACCUGCUUCCAUUAUACUAGCCCGUGACAGUGAGCAAAGUAAUGGGAGGUUACACGUUUUUGUCUGUGUGAGAUCCGUCUGUGACAGCUGGAUAAUGCUCCCCUCUCGCUCUCUCAGCCAACACGUCACCUUUCCGCAGCCUCGCCCAAUCGCUUGAUACGACGGUGACUUCACCCUUUGAUAAUGGGAUCCAACCUUCCUUCCCGUCCCUCUUUGCUCUCAUCAGCUGCUUUCUCUAAUUAGAUGAGGGUGAUUUCAAUAAAGUUACUGUCGUCCUCACUCCAUUAGUUAUAUUAACACUCGGAUUUCUGCCCCGGAGUCGUCGAUCUAUCCUCAGUCUUUCACCGGGAGGGGGGCAAUGCUCUUCUUUUCAUGGAUCUGUGUAACCUAGUUACUGAGGCCCAGCAGGGGAGGCCAAUCAAUUAAUGAACAAAGGAGCCCGCUCGCUGAGAAGCGGCGCGAGUCUGGGACUAUAAACGGGACGCUCCCAAAACAUUGUCGCUGUCAGUUCAGUGCUCAUCUGAUGGAUGUUGUUUUGCUUUGUUGUUUUGCGCGCGUCUUAUGAGUCCUCUUUCAGAGGAGCGUAAAAGCCGGUGGAUGCUGCUGCGGUACCUGUUCAAACACACUACCAGCCAAUGUCCAGGUGUCUCUUUAAGGGGAAUUAGUAGUGAAAGAACUAAAGGAAGAAGUGAACAUGGAACGGGCAGCCUGCCUGUUGUAAAAGACUUUGAAAAGGGCCCGGAGGACCAUUUGGACACUGUCACAAGUCCCUUGUCUGAUUUUUAUAUUAAAUUAUUUCAUUUAGCUUUCUUUUGCUUUAAGUGGUCUGUAGUAAUACCCUUGCUUCUUCUCCAACCACCUCUUAUAUCUUUGAGAGGGAUUGUGUAUAAAGAUUGUAUAGCCAAUGAAAGGAAACAAAAAAACAUCAAUGUUGCUGGCUUUGGGUGUUAACUCGCCCUUUUAUUGUGGAAUGUCUGCACAAUGAAACUCUUGAACAGUGAAAGAAAAAGAUGGAUUUCAACAUUUUGAAUCAUUACGUUUCAUCGUAAUUGAGAUGUGAGUAAAUGGACUGUGGCAUUUUCUGCCACUAUGUUGUGAAAAGGCUGGAAAUGAAACCUGGAGCAGAGCUAACAAAUUAGGUAUAUGUGCCGUGGUCAAAGGUUAAACGUCCAUAUUCAGUGAUUCUGAUCAGUCUCCCAUGGCAACAGGCAGAUUUGGACGGACAGGCCUCUUCUUUUGUCCACCUGUGCUCUCCCACUAUCUUUCACCACUUUCUCAUCCUUCCCUUUUCUCACUACCUCUUUUCAUCCUAUUGAAUCCUCAUUUUUCCCCCACGUCCCUCAGUUCCGCCCCUCAUUCUCUCUUAUCUUUUUUUUUUCUUUCUCUCUCUCUCCAGCCUCCCGGUCUCUCUGUCAUCCCCUUUUUUUCCUUAAUCCGGCUAUUCGUCCCUAGUGUUCCCCUCCCUGUAGUUUCCAGCUCCGUCUCCCUGUGUGUGAGAUCAGGGUGCAGGCUGUUGUAACAAGCUGUUGAAUAAUGUAAGCAGCGCAGGGCUAUAGGCCAGAGUUUCAGUUAACCCUUUGAUCUCUGAUCACACAGUGCACAUCAUAAAUGACAGCUCGACAGCAGGGCGAAGCAGCCCGAAGGCCUUUUUUGCUUCCGUCUUCCUCCAACCUCUACCUAAAGGAUAAAGUCCCCCCCAUCCGGUCCCAUUGUCACGACCUUUGUAAGCAGCAACACAGUGAGGAGUUUCGAUCCUAAGGGAAUGGUGCUGCUGAGAUGACCUGCGUGACAUUGCUUUUCUCAAGAGAUCAUUCUCCAAUCAAGAGAGCGGGGCGAAAUCUAACCGGGACAUGGUUGGCAGGUUCUCAUGAUGGACAGGUGAUGGAGUCUUCCAUCAUCUUUCUCCACUAGUGACUCGGCCUGCCUGCCAGCCCUCCCUCUGAGGCAUAAGUGUGCACCAGCAGUCCAAGGGCCCCCUAUUUCUCUGCCAUGGUGACAUAAGCAGUGCUGCAAUAUGAGGGAGAGCCAACGUGAGACUGUCUCAUUUCUUUCUCCAGUAGCUGCCGCAGCUGCUGCUUUAACGCCGUUUGUGUUUAGCUCGAUAGCAAGGCUGACUCUGCUGUGAAUAAUCCCUGCUCACCGUUUUCUACCCACGCCGAGAGAGACUGUCCCCCGUGUUGCUGGGCUGGUGGGGCGGAGCGGUGUGGCGCGAGACGAUGCUGGGAUGCGUGACACGCCUCCGUCGGCUGGUCCGUCUCCUCCCCCUGCAGACCUCCCUCCUCCUCCUCUUCCUCUUCUGCACUGUCAGCGUCUUCAUCUCUGCCUACUUCCUCUAUGGCGUCAAGCGGGAGCUGGAGCCAUCGGGAGGGGGCGUGUCCGGGGCCGAGGGAGCAUCCGCGGACUCCGAUGACCCGAGGGUCACGCCGUCCCGGCUGCUGCCGCUGCGGGGCGUCUCAGGGGGCCCAGGGGUGGAUCCUGGAGGGGCCAGGACAGAUCCUGUGGUUCUGGUGUUUGUGGAAAGCCAGUAUUCUCAACUGGGUCAGGAGAUUGUGGCCAUCUUGGAGUCUGGCCGGUUCAAGUACCGGACUGAGAUCUCUCCCGGUAAAGGGGACAUGCCCACGUUGACGGACAAAGACAGAGGGCGUUUCACACUGGUGAUUUACGAGAACAUUCUCAAGUAUGUUAACUUGGACGCCUGGAACCGAGAGCUGCUGGACAAAUACUGUGUGGAAUAUGGAGUGGGCAUCAUUGGCUUCUUCAAGGCCAAUGAAAACAGUCUGCUCAGUGCCCAGCUGAAAGGCUUCCCUCUCUUUCUGCACUCCAACUUGGGUCUGAAGGACUGCACCGUCAACCCCAAGUCCCCCCUGCUCUUUAUCACUCGAUCCGGGCAGCCCCUGCCAGGUCCCCUCCCCGGGGACGACUGGACCGUGUUCCAGUCCAACCACUCCACGUACGAGCCCGUGUUGCUGGCCAAGACCCAGUCGGCUGAGAGCGUCGCGUCAAUGGGGCAGAACGCCGCUCUGCUCCCGUCGGUGGUGCAGGACCUGGGGCUCCACGACGGCAUCCAGAGGGUCCUGUUCGGCAACAACUUGGUCUUCUGGUUGCACAAGCUGGUGUUUGUGGACGCCGUGGCCUUUCUGACGGGGAAGAGGCUCUCGCUGUCCCUGGAGCGCUACAUCCUGGUGGAUAUAGACGACAUCUUUGUGGGCAAAGAGGGCACCCGCAUGAAGGUGCCUGAUGUAAAGGCCCUGCUGGAGACACAGAGGGAGCUGCGCACCCAUGUGCCCAACUUCACCUUCAAUCUGGGUUUCUCAGGGAAAUUCUUUCACGCUGGAUCCGAUGAGGAGGACCUGGGAGACGACCUGCUGCUUUCCUACGUGAAGGAGUUUUGGUGGUUCCCUCACAUGUGGAGCCACAUGCAGCCCCAUCUAUUCCACAACCAGUCCGUGCUGGCCGAGCAGAUGUUGCUCAACAAGAAAUUUGCCAUGGAGCAUGGGAUCCCCACCAACAUGGGUUAUGCGGUGGCGCCCCACCACUCUGGCGUCUACCCUGUCCACAUGCAGCUGUACGACGCCUGGAAGAAGGUGUGGGGCAUUAAGGUGACCAGCACAGAGGAAUACCCACACCUGAAGCCUGCCCGCUUCCGCCGAGGUUUCAUCCACAGCGGCAUUAGCGUGCUGCCCAGGCAGACAUGUGGUCUUUUCACACACACCAUCUUCUAUAAAGACUACCCAGGCAGUCCGAAUGAACUGGACAAGCUCAUCAAUGGAGGAGAACUCUUCCUCACUGUUUUGCUGAACCCUAUCAGUAUCUUCAUGACCCAUCUGUCCAACUAUGGGAAUGAUCGCCUCGGCCUGUACACCUUCAAAAGCCUGGUGAUGUUCCUCCAGACGUGGACCAACCUGAAGAUGCAGACCCUGCCACCUGUUCAGCUGGCUCAGAAGUACUUCAGCCUUUUCCCCUCCGAGAGAGAUCCACUCUGGCAGGAUCCUUGCGAGGACAAAAGGCACAAGGACAUCUGGUCCAAAGAGAAAACAUGUGACCGCUUCCCCAAACUGCUCGUCAUCGGGCCUCAGAAGACAGGGACGACAGCGCUCUACCUGUUUCUUGGCAUGCACCCUGACCUGACCAGUAACUACCCGAGCAAGGAGACCUUUGAAGAGAUCCAGUUCUUCAAUGGGCACAACUACCACAGAGGCAUCGACUGGUAUAUGGAGUACUUCCCCCUGCCCUCCAACACAAGUUCAGACUACUACUUUGAGAAGAGUGCCAACUACUUUGACUCUGAGGUGGCUGCUCAGAGGGCUGCAGCCCUCCUACCCAAAGCCAAAAUCGUCACCAUCCUCAUCAACCCAGCGGACAGAGCUUACUCUUGGUACCAGCACCAAAGAGCCCACGAUGACCCGGUGGCGUUGAAGUACUCCUUCCACGACGUCAUCACCGCAAGCCACGACGCUCCGGUCAAACUACGGGUCCUCCAGAAUCGCUGUCUGGUGCCAGGCUGGUACGCCAUCCACCUGGAGCGCUGGCUCAACUUCUACCACUCCAGCCAGUUGUUAGUCUUGGAUGGACAGAUGCUGAAGACUGAGCCGGCUUCAAUCAUGGAUAAAAUCCAGAAGUAUCUGGCCCUGGUCAACGUCAUCAACUACCACAAGAUCCUAGCGUUCGACCCCAAGAAAGGGUUCUGGUGUCAGCUGCUGGAGGGAGGGAAGACCAAGUGUUUGGGGAAGAGUAAAGGGCGCAGGUACCCCGACAUGAACCCUGAGUCGCAGGGCUUGCUCAGGGAGUACUAUAGGGAUCACAACAUUGAGCUGUCCAAGCUGCUCUACAGGAUGGGUCAGCCGCUGCCCAGCUGGCUCAGAGAAGAGCUGGUCCACACCAGGUAGCAGCACCACGGGGGGAGACCACAGCUCCACACACUGAACUUCACCCUGCUGGGGUGGCCUGAAAUGUUGAAGAUCCCAACUAGUUUUGAAAGGGACUGAUAUAUAUAUAUCGACAAUUGAAGAUGGGAUGCCCAACCAGAACUCAAAACUUAAUUGUGAUCUUCCCAAAUGAGCAGGACAGCAGUGGAUGAUGAGCAAGACGAGAGCGUAGUAGUUGCUUUGAGCAGCUGUUAGCGCUCCGCUCUCUCCCUGAGCUUCCAGAUGCUGUUACUCCCCUGCAGGACAAACCAGGACCACGGAUGUCCUAGUGAUGGCCUCCGCUGUGUCCUGCAGAAGAAGCAAAGGCUCAGUGGUGCAUAGGAGAAACCUUCAGUCAGUGUUUGAUAAUCACAUCCCUGCUCUCCUUAAUCAAACAUCUCUUCUUCGCAUGGACUUCAUCUUGAAAAUCAAAGGAAGGAAAAAAACAAAAAAAAAAAAACCAGUCUGAAGCUUGAGCAGUCUUCACGGUUUCAGCUCUGGAAAAACCGGUGGAAAAGAUGAACACAACGUCACCUGUGUCUACAGGGAAGAGUUGUUGUGUUUGGAGCACAUGAAAACAGGCAACUUAACAUUGACUUAAAUGGAUGACAGCCUGAUUGACAGAGAGACAAUGGUGGCAAAUACCUUUUGACAUAAGUGUUUAUAAGUGUUUGUAUGAGAGGAGAAUGAGACAUCUGGAGUCUUGACUCAGGCUGCAUGUUGUAGCCUUACUCCAUAGGCCUUGGUAGUUAUUGCAUUUACAAGUGCCAGGACAGAAUCUUCAUUGAAAUAUUACCACGUGGACUUUUGAGGGUUCCUUUUAUUUUAUUUUUUUUAAAGUUAUGUUUUCUUUACUUUCCUCAGAUUUUUGUUUUUAACGUGUUGUUUUGCUGACGGCAAUGCAUUAUUGUAGAAUGUACCAAAACUAAACCAUUUUAGCUCAGUUAUCUCCAAUAGGCCAGAUGUACAGAAGACGGGUUUGUUAAACUGUUCGGCCUCCUGUGUAGUCGCUUCAGACCAUUGAAUUGGCUCGAGCAGGAGCAGUAGGAUAUAUGUUGAAAGCACAAUAUUUAAGGUACUCAAGAAAACAUCGCUUCUGAACAUACAGGUUACUGGAAAGCACACUAACAAAGAUGGAUCCUACCACAGUCUGUGAAGAAGAUCAUAAGCUAGCUACUAUAUGUUUAACUACACAUUGUGGUCAGAGAGAUUCAGAUAGUGUACAGAACAAGAUUAGGCAUUUCAAAUCUGUUUUCUGCUUUGGAUUCUUUUUGUCAGAACUGUAUAUUUUAUUUCAUUUCAUUUAUUAGAUCAUUUUAAGUUUGGGGGCGGGGGGGAGGGAAGCUGUCUCUGGGAAACACGUUAAAAGUUGCCAGGCAGAACAACAGUAUGCCCAUUGAGACCAUACGGACGUUUGGUUGUCGGUUAAGGUGUUACCACUGCAACUAGAUGUCAAGCAUAGAUAACAAAAAGCUGCUCUUAUUGCAAUAGUUUUGUACAAUGUUCUGAUGUGAUAUCAAUGCACAUGUUGGUCCUUUCAUUUCCCGACUUUGUAAUGUACAUAAUACGCAACCCUCGGUAGACCUAAAUUAUUGAAUGUGUUUGGGUUUACACUCUCCAUCAGCCCAUUCCCAUAGUGUGAAAUGUCAGUGCCGUGCUGAGGGGGAGUUUGGAUCACUUCAUCGUGUAGAGGUGUGUCGCUGAGAUUGUUUCCUCUUGUUCCUCUCACUGCCAACUAUUGUACACAGGUACUGAGUCUCUGCAUAUAAAGUAUUAAGUGAUAACGCAUAACAGCAAUGAUGGUACUAAUCUCCUGGACUGUAUGAUAAAGAUUUGUAAUUGUUGUCAAUUUUUACAUUGUAACUAAUAUUGUCGGUGCUUUUUAAUUUGCAAAUAAAACACCACUGUAUUUUUCAAUA